CACACUCUCUCCUGAGCAACACGACAGAGAUAUUUACAUGCUUCUGAGAUAUCCACUGGAGUCUCGUUGAGUGGAACUUCACUGGAAUUAUGUAUUUGUUGGCAGAUUCCAGUGAAGUGACGACUCACAUGUGUUCUUGAGGAGUUUCACUGGAGAAUCCACACGUAGGGAUCAGUUGUGUGUGUGUCAUGAGUCUGUGCACACUGCUGCUGUUGUUCUCUCUGCUGCUGUUCAUCUGCACACAUACACUGGAGAGAAAUCAACCCAAUAAGGAGCACACACUCACCUGUGGACAGGGUAUAAUUCAUUGUGAAGUUAAGCCAGGCGGCCCUACAUGCAUUGGACAUGACGAUCAUGUAUAUGUGAGCAGUCUGAACGCAUAUAUUGUGCCGUGCAGAACACAGAAGAAGACCUUAAGUCUGUGCCUGAAAAUCCUGGUAAACAUCACAGUUAGAGAUGCUGGCCAACCUGUGGAUGUUGAACUGCCAGAUGAUGCCAGCGGUGAAGAAGAUGCAGAGGAACCGCAUGGAAAUGCUCAUCAUGAAUAUCAAGAUCAUGUGACUGCUGUUUCCACUGCUGCCAGUGUCAUCAUGUGUUACAAAAGCCCUUCAUACUCUGAUUCAAAUGUUCUGCACUUCACUUUCUCCUCUUCAGCCUUUGAAGAUAGCACCACACUGAAGGUGUGGAUGUCUUUAUUGGUGGAGAUCAGGGAGGCAGAUCUCGGCAGUCCAGUCGUAGUCUAUUCUUCAUACACAAACUCUACUAAACAAGUCAUUAUUCCUGCAAAAGAGGAAGUGUGUUCCAGUUUAGAUGUCGUCUUCUGUAAUGUUGGUCCCAAACUGCGCAGGACAACUGAACAUGUGACAGGAGUGGUGAAAUUGUAUGUGGCUGAUGAAGAUAAAGAGAGAUUCCGAGAAUUCCAGGCAUGCCAGAAGCUGGAACGGGAAGGAGGGUGUGUGAAGGUGGAAUGGAAUGAUGCUAGGAAUGAGUUUGAGAUUUCACUCAGCUCUGUCGCCCCUUGUCUGUGCUUUGAGAUUUGGGGAGACUUUCCUCGACAAGAGUUUUGUCCAUUUUUGAAUGAAACAGCUAUCUCAAGCUCCAAUGUGUCAUUGUCUGUGGCCGAGACAGCAGCUCAUAAUAAAGCAACGGGUAAGGACACGACAGCUCUGAUCUGGAAUGUCAGCGCCCCCUGCAGGCUGCACACUGAACUGUGGCUGUGCAGGAAAGACUUGGCACCCAGCGGCAGCUGCCAUCAAAUCAACAACACACUUCAUGUACACCACCAGAAUGACCGAUGGUCAAACACUGAACGCAGAUUCUGGCAAUUACAAGGGGAGUUUUUGGAAGUGGAGCGUCACCCUUCAUUGUGUGUGCAGGUUAAAGUAAAGGAAAUGGAUGGUUAUCUGGGUCCAGUAUGUCCUUUUGAAGUGAAGAGGACACACUGGAGUUUUCCGCUGCUGGUGUGUGUGAUGCUCAUGUGUCUGUCUGUGUUAGGAGCCUAUGCAGUGCAGGGUACACUCAAAAAUUGGGUAUUCAGAUGGCUUAAGGUGGACGAUUUAAACAAUGGGGUGGGUGGUGUUGAGGUGCUUUUGGUGUAUCUGCCGGAUGCAGACGACAGCGUCACGGAGCAGGUGUGUCGUCUGAGCUCCAGUCUGUCCACUCUCGGCUUCACUGUGUCUCUGGACCUGUGGGGCUGCUCAGAGCUCAACGCGAUGGGUCCUGUUCCCUGGCUGCACUCCCGACUUGAGCACGUACAGCGGUGUGGAGGCAAGGCAGUGCUGGUUCUGACACCAGCUGCCUGCGAACGGGCCGAGGAAUGGAGCUGCCAAGGUGCAGGAAAGAACCUGAAAGAAGACAAGAUGAAGAAAGUCUCACGACCCAUAACCAGCUCAGAUGUUUUCAGCGCAUUGUUGAGUUGCAUUCUCACUGACUAUCUACUGGGGCGUGCUGGCGAGAGGUUUGUGCUGGCCGAGUUUGAAGCACAACCACCCGGGUCCCGUGGAGUGGAGGCAGUCCUCCCAGAAUUUUUCCGGGGGCUUUCGUUGUUCAGUUUACCCUCUGAGAGUCUGGGCUUCCUGAUGGAGCUCACACAUAGAGCUCAUAAAGGACAGAGCGCAGCUGGACGGUGGAUUCGAGCCAGGGCAUUGAAGGCAGCAUCACAGGCGUUAUCAGGGGCACUCUUUGACCUCAUAGGACACACAUGUGAAGGGCAUGUAAAGUCUGGGACAGAAGAUGCCAGCGAAAGUGUCCCACUACAACCGAACUAGUUGACCGCACCAGUCAGCCCUGCUCUUUACACCAAAACGAGCACUAUAGGCUGGGUCUAAAUCAGCCUCAUGUAGACAAAACUACACAUUUUAAAAACUGACUCGUCAGUGGGUUCCCUGAACAAUUCAAUGAUUUUUAAGGAAGCCAUAUAGAAUUAGACUGGUUUUGGGCUCACCUGACCCUAAUCGGAUGCGUUACUUAGGAGGCAUUUACAUCAGACCAGUGUUUCCCAACUUCUGGGUCGCAGGUCUGUUCAGAUAGUGUGUUGGACAGCAGGGAAAGGAAAAUGCCUGGGUUGUUCCUCCAUUGAAAUAUUUUUUGAUGGCAACCCAAGUGAAAUGUCAGGCAGCUGAGGGAAAUUUUAUGAUAUUCACAAUUCAUACUAAAUAUGCUUCUCAUCUGAAAUGUGCAUUUGUCAGGUGCAAUUGGUCUGGUUGAGCCAUCACAGGACCACUUGAGCCAGUGAUCUGCUCUUCUCCGACCUACUGUGCCUCUGGAACGCUGUCGAGUUUAAAGCUGUACUGCAGCACUUUGGGCACUCUAGUGACAUCUGUGAUUGAAACCUAAAAUUUCAAAUAAUUAGCAUUGGCACUGAUGAAGGAACACCACCAGCAACUUAACCCAGCAAAGACUGAGCUCCUUGUCUUUCCAGCCAACCCUGCUGUUGAACACAACAUCGUGUAGCUGGGUUCAACUACAAUAACACCUUCCAAAAUGGUCAGAAUUCUAGGGGUAACCAUCGAUACCAAACUAAAUUUCACAGACCACAUCUCAGAGACAGUAUGAUUAAGUAGUUUUAUGUACCCUUCCUCUCUGAACAUGUCACACAACUUCUUGUCCAGUCACUUGUCAUAACUAGACUGGACUAUUGUAAUUGCAGGCCUCCCUGCAUUCGCAAUUAGAUUCCUGCAAAUGAUCCAGAAUGCAGCAGCACGUCUGGUCUUUAAUGAACCAAAGAGAGAGCAUGUUACACCACUCCUUGUCUCUCUUCACUGGCUGCCGGUUGAUGCAGGUAUUAAGUUCAAGGCUCUGAUGCUAAAAUCAUUUCUGCAGAGCUACGUGCCCACUAGAAGCCUGCACUCGGCUAAUGAACCGCGCCUUGUUGUACCAACACAGAGGCACUAAAACACUUUCAGGACUUUCAGUUUCACUGUACCACGUUGGUGGAAUGACAUUCCCAACUCCAUCCGUGAAGCUGACUAACAGUCUGCCUUCAAAAAACGGCUAAAAACACAUCUUUUCCAUGAGCACCAUUCACUCAUAAAAAAAUAAAUAAAAAAAAAAAAAUAAAUAUAUAUAUAUAUAUAUAUAUAUAUAUAUAUAUAUAUAUAUAUAUAUAUAUAUAUAUAUACUCGAAUCUGUCUUGGAUUCUACUAUUCUGAUGCUAGUGAAACUUUGUACUACAGCACUUUUCGUACCACUGUCUCCUUAAGAUUAUUCACUUAAUGUAUUCCUCUUUUGUAAGUCACUUUGGAUAAAAGCGUCUGCAAAAUGAAUAAAUGUAAAUGAAAUGAAUAAAUGUAAAUGAAAUGAAUAAAUGGCACUGCUGUUCUGUGCAGAUGGAUCUCAUAGUUUGAGGUUACCUGAACCAGCAUAGCUGGAGUCAUAACAUGUUUUUUAACUUUGAUCUUGUGCUAUUCAUUUAAACAUUCACAACUGAGAUAUUACUUGCUUUGAGGAAGAUAAACAACACUCUUAUUUAUAUAUUUCUUUGAUUAUUCAAGUGUUACAUACACUACACUUUCAUGUUCGUAUUGUAAUAACAUAUCAGUUUGAGAGAUGAAACUCAUGAAAAGGCUGAUAUGAGUUUGAUUGAAGGCCUUUAAUUAUUUUUAUAUUAUAUUGUACAGCCUCAGUUGAUAAUGCAAGUGAACGUAAUACUACAAUAGCAUGUCUAUGCACUGCACACAAUAAAACUCUAAAACACAAAACAAGGAUUCAUUAAUGAUGGGGAUGAAAUAUACUUUAUAAACAUGAAAAUAAUAUUCAGAAAUAUGCAAAAAAAUAAUUACAAUAAUAAACAGUUUCCUUUAUCGUUUCUUUGAAAGUUAAGUUACAAUAGAGAGAUGUUUAGGCCUACAUGCUAAACAAAAUAAUAUUUUCAUUACUGUGCUAUGAAAUCGGAAUAACUUGAGAGGGCAUUGCUGCAGUUUCAAGGUUCCCUUAGUGUGUAUGUGGUGCUGUUUUCUCAUUUCUUAUACCCCAGUUGCAGAAAUGCACAAGCUGUUGUAUCACUUUUCAUUGCCCUUUUAGCAGAUAGCUGUGGUUGCCAGAAUAAUUAUGUAAAAAAUACAGUAAAAAUGUAAACAACUUUACAACUGUACAAAACUGUUUUACAGUAUAUUUUA